AUGACGUCAGAAAUCGUCGCUUAUUCUGAUGCUCUGAAAAGCCUGAACCCGAAAUAUAUUCUUGUUGAAAAGUUAAUGAUAUCCCCCAAAGGAAAAAAAGGUCCCCUGAUUGAACUCCUUUCCGUUAUUAACAAUGAUUUCUUAAUGAACGCCCGUGCCUCUACCCCCGCCAUCCCGUUAGGAGAACGACGUUCAAAACAAUCUUACGGUGGUUUCAGCACUAGAUCUCUACGUAGCGAACGACGUAAGAGUCGCGUUAACCUGAGAUUAGCUAUUCUAGCGAUGGAACAGCAGAAGCUGCACGAAGCCCGUCCAAAAGCACGCGAAAUGCGAGAAGCUGCUGAUAGAAAAGCACGCGAAAUGCGAGAAGAUGCCGAAAGAGUAGCACGCGAAAUGCGAGAAGAUGCCGAAAGAAAUGCCUAUGCAGAUAGUGAUUCUCCAACUACCACAAUCUGUAAAGCCUGCUCUGCACAUAAUAAUAAAAGACGAACAUCAAGUAACAAUACUUUGAUAGCAUUUUCCAACCUCGAUGAAUCUGAUGAUAUUGACAAAACCUCCAGUUUCUUUGAAAAUGAAGUUGUAGUUCCAACAGAUUUUCACUGUUCUGUACAGACUAUAUUUACAAAUGAGGUUUCUUCGUUAAACUCCUGGCAAAAACUUUUCAUUGACCAGCAAGUAAAGAAUGCAAACUCUUCUUCAUCCGGUCAUCGUUACCAUCCAGAUGUUGUCCGCUGGGCAAUUGAACUGUUUAGCAGAUCACCUUCUGCAUAUGAACACCUCCGAACGACUGGAGUUUUAACAUUACCAGCUAAGAGUACAAUUGCUUCUUAUCGGUAUGGGUUUCUUAUUUUUUCUGGACCAGUGUCCUGCAUGUCUAAACUUUUUUACUUUAGCAAUAGCAUUUCACCUGAACCUGGUUUAAAUACAAAGGCCCUGGAAGAAAUAGAAAGGGUGGUUAAACUAAACGGGAAUUUAUCUGCAUAUGUGACACUCGAUGAAAUGAAAAUUCGUGAAAAUUUAAUCAUCAAAAAUGGAAAGCUGAUUGGUUUUGUUGAUUUUGGAAAAGAUCUUGUUCAAACCAAGUCACAGCUUGCAAGUCAUCUUCUAGUGUUCUACCUCCGAUCAAGCGAUCGCGAAAUAUCUAUUCCCUUGGCAUGGUACCCAACCCACAGUACACCACCCCAUGUUCUAGCCAUGUUGUUUUGGCAACUUCUCUGGGAGUGUGAGUCGAGAGGAGUUCAAAUACAUGCUGUGGUGUGUGAUGGACAUCCCAGCAACAGAACUUUUUUCAAACUCAUUGCUUGCCGUCCUUUAAAUGUGUCAGGCCCAGAUUUGUACACAGCAAUCAAUCCUUAUGCAUGUGACAGGCAUAUAUUUUUAUGCUCUGAUCCUUCACAUUUGCUGAAGACUGCACGUAAUUCACUGUUCAGUUCAAAGCCUGGUGGUUCUAGGUAUAUGAACAACAAUGGUGACAUACUCUGGACACACAUCUUAUCAGUUUAUAAGACUGAGCAACAAAACCUCAUGCUUAGCAGAUGUCGUUUAUCUUCAGCACAUAUAUACCUUAACUCCUACACAAAAAUGAAAGUGAACUUGGCAAGAGAGGUUUUAAGCUGGAGUGUAGGAAAAUGUUUAGAACAAAUACCUGCUGCUAAUGCAACCGCAAAAUUUGUUUUGCUGUUUGCCAAAUGGUUCGAUAUUAUGAAUUGUAGUCGAUCCAACCCAAUUAAAACGAUAAUCGGUUAAAUUGGUUGGAAAAUGAUUUUCUCAACUAUCUUUUGGAAUGGGAGAGGCUGGUCAAUGAAAACCACCCAAAUGAGCGUAAAAAGAGGUUAAUGGCACAGCCGACUUUUGACGGUCUCAUUUUUUUAACGAAAAAUUAUAUAGCUCUGGUAAAACAGCUAUUAAAUGCAGGCAGUAGUUGUGUUUGCCUGAAUGUGUUCAGCCAAGAUGUUCUCGAGGCAGUGUAACUUGGUAAGUAGGAUUUUGCUGUCGAAACUUAUUUCAUUAUGCUAAAUUACUAAUCUUUACUUUAUAUAGAGAACUAUUGGCCGGAGGUCACAGAACCCAGAUGUGUUUCAGUCUGGUUAUGGGCUGGAACACAUCACAACUCGCAAAAUUAUAAAAAAAAUAAAAGGAGGGAAUACUACUUUUGGGAAAAAAAAUGCGUGGACAGAAGUCUGUGAAGAGCCCAUAAUAAAAAAGAAGAAAUGAGAAACGAAAAUGGCUAAGAGCCAGCCAAAACGGGUUGGUUUCAAAAUCUUCUACAACUGGCUGUGCUAAGCAAGCUUCUGUCUCAUUAGUUUCCAGACACGAAUAAAAUUCUAUUACCACA